GUUCCGAACAAUUCUCCCUCAGUCUCGUUUGAAUUGACAUUUUUAUCUACAAGAUCGAUAUGGCUACCAGGGUUGUAAAAUCUCAAAAUGGCCAAGCAAAUGCCAAAAAUGUCGGCGCACCAAAUCAGACGCUGUACAUCAAGAACCUGCCGGAUAAGAUCCGAAAGCCAGACCUCAGAAUGGCAUUAUACAUGCUUUUCUCUACAUACGGCCCUGUCUUGGAUGUUGUGGUUAUGAGAACAGCCAAAAUGCGAGGACAGGCACAUAUAGUCUACCGAGAUAUUCAGGCUAGCACACAAGCUAUGCGUGCUCUUCAGGGAUUCGAUUUUUUUGGCAGAGAGCUAGCGAUUGUAUAUGCGAAAGGGAGCUCCCAUGUUAUUGCUAAGCUCCGCGGUACAUACAUGGCAACCGCCACGGCGAAUGCUCCCGUAGGAGCAUCAACCGACUUGCAAAAGUCCAUCUUCGGUGCUCCGCCCUCGGCCGCGACUGCUGCAACAGUUGGUACUAAACGUCCUCGCGAGGAAGAAAGUGACGAAGGCGAGGCACCUAUGGAUGAAGAUGAGAGUGAUGUCCCAAUGGAAGCCUCAUCGGAUGAGGACUAGGUGUGCUAUGGCCAAUCGAACGGUGAUACUUUCGUGUUGACAAGCAUGAGCUCGAACCGUCAAUCGCUCCGGACUAUGAUGCCACGAACAGUCGGCUGGGAAGACUUAGAUUAAUGCAGCCACCAACAAGGCCGAGCCAUGUGGGAAGAUAGUCUUCCGGUUCAAUGUUUUUAUCGCCGGCAAUCGCUUUCAUGGCACUGGCGGUGUUACAAGGGUGAACGAAAUAAGCUGGAAUGCCAGACUGUGGAUGAUACUGUUCUUAAUGAGUUCAUGAAGAUCACAGCGACAACAUCGCGACAGGGUGUCAUAACGUACUCCAAAACUGAUACCGCCCAUGACGCCGUUGCUUUUCAAUGAUUGUUGGUGUUGAUGCGGGACGAGGAAGUUGUAUAUGUCAUCUAAUGCCGCAGGACCUACCUGAAAGGCCCCUUUUAGAAGGAAAUACAUGACAGGUACAUUAUAUGACGUUGAGAGUGCAAUAUCAUAGUCAAUGGCCAAUUGUUCUUCAUUGACCCCAUCGCGAAUAAGGGUUUCCUAGCGUGGAGUCACGGUUAGGACCAAUGUAACUACAACAGGUAGGACCUUCGGAUGUCUUACUCGAUCGUCGUCUUCG